AUGCUCAUCUACACGAGACGUGCUCCUCCCAAAGAGCCCAAGAGGAGGUCGAGAGCCGUAAAGAAAAAGUAUACACAGUCCGUCCUGCAUCCUUCCAUCUGUAACGAGAAACGACCACAAUGCGACCGAUGUACAGAAAAGAACACGAAAUGCGAAUAUGAAGCCGUCAAACCUCGGAAGCGGAGGCGGACCUCUUUCGCGGGGUCUGCCCUCUCCAACGAAAGCAUAUCCCCCACCUUCUACGAUGGCAGAUGGCCUGGCCUAUACGAACGAGAUUAUAACGAAUAUGAUACCAGGGACGAUUACCACGGUGUUCAUGAGUGGCGGGGGAGCUCAGGCUACCAGUGUUCAGAGUCUGAGUCCACUACUGAUUUGGAAGUGCCACCCAGGGAAGAACAUGAAGUAGAAGAGAUCGUUCGGGUAGAACCAACAGCUCCACCUGCAUCGAAUACUUCUCUCGUCCAGUCGAGGAGUCAGUAUCCCGAUCUUGCGAUGAUAGCCCCUUCUCCAAUAGCUUCGCCUCUACUAGAUUUCAGCGCCCCAGUAUAUAUGGAGUUCACGGAAGGAAGAAGUCGACGUGCAUUGGUCGACCAUUUUUGCAAUGUUUUAUCCCAUCUUAUCGUUUUCAAAGAAGACAACGGGAAUCCGUUCCGACAACUUGUACUACCACUAUCGCAUGCCAGUUCACCAGUUAUGAAUGCCAUUUUUGCGCUUUCGAGUGCCCAUCUCGAGUAUCGAGGGAUUGAGAUCGAAGAGAAAUCUUUGACAUUUCACAAUCGCGCUUUACAGGGGCUGGCACAGCUCAUUGACCAGAAUGACGAAGAAAGACGGGAAGAGGUUUUGGGCGCAAUUGUGUUGCUCGUUUACUAUGAAGUUCUGGUCCAAAGGGGUAGUUCAAACAUGGUCACUGGACACUUGAAAGGUGCUAUGACAAUUAUGAAGGCCGGACCUCAAGUGACGAGCCCUACAUCUUUAUUUUUGGAACGAGCAUUUCGGUUCUACGACGUGAUAGCAGCCCUGUCACACGGCACACCUCCCAAUACAACGACACAGCCAUGUGCUUCUCCAUUCCCCAGCUCCAGCGGGCCCGAGUCCCCACUGAGCUCGGUGGACACCUUACUUGGCCUAUCCACAGAUCUGUGGCCGAUUAUUCAUCGAUUGUCCCAUUUACUGUCAUUCAAAAACUCCAUCGAAGUUGCAAUCGCAGCUGGUGAAACCAGCAAGGCUGCUGUUCUAAGAACAGAGCUGGAAAACGCUUCCCAGGCUAUCGAACUCGCACUCACCACUUGGAAACCUACUAUGAAGCCAGGCUCUAUUGAAGAAGAGGAAGAGAAAUCGCCACAAGAUGCAGCCAACAAAUGCGCGAUGGGAAGUGCCCGAAUGCAAAGUAUCCUAAACAACGCCGAGGCGUACCGGAACUCAGCACUCGUGUACCUAUACCGUACAAUCCACUCCCACCCUCGAAACCACCCGUUGGUUCAAAACCACGCCCAUCUUUCUCUCCUCGCCUGUUCAAUUGUAGUGAAAUGUGCAGAGAAUUGCCACAAUGGCCCCAUGUCAGCGCUCCUGUGGCCAUUAUUUGUGGCUUCCUGCGAGGCGAUAACGGAAGAGGACCGAGGGAUGGCACUCAGUAGCUUUGUCGGCACGGAACGCAGGCAGGGCAUGAAUAACAUCAUGCGAACAUGGGAAGUGGUUCGGGAGGUCUGGCACAGGGCAGACUUGGGGCAAGAGGAGGUCGAUUGGAGGGAUAUAUGUGCGGAGAGGGGAUUCAAUAUCGUGUUGGGCUAA